AUAGCGCUCGUGCAAAUCCCGCUGGACUUCAUUGCGCUCCGGAACCAGAAACCAAUAGACGCCAUCCACCCGGACAUCUGUAUCAAGUUCAUGGCAAUCGGAUUUGGCGGGCUGGUAAAAAUCUGGAAAAUAUCACCGGUGGCGCUAAAUCAUCUGCUUGGCUGGCAAAAUGACGGGUGUUAAGAAAAGACCUGGAUCACCGAUAACUGAGGCAGUUCAUUCAAAAGCGCCAAAGGCAGGUACAGUUGCCCAAGAAAAGAGCAGUCAGAUCCAAAAUGUGAGGAAAAAGGACCAUUUGAAGGCUCCAAUUUCGGAAAGAUCAAACGAAAAACCCUCCAAGAAAAGGGCUCCGCAAGUGGCUUCUAAGAUGGAGACAUCGAAAAUUGAAGGGCAAAUGUCUCAGGCUGCGGAAAAAACACAGAAGAGCCAAUCUUCCGCUGCCACCGAAGAUAUUUCCAAAACAAAUAUCAAAAAAUCUCCCAACAACGGCGAAGAAUUAUGGGUAGAUAUUCAGAAGCUGUCGCCACAUACGGGAGCAAUGCUUCAAAGCUUUAUAAAACAAUACAACGACUCGCUCUUAAAUAUCAAGAAGAAAGACUUGGUUGCGAGCAAGAAAAUGAGAGCCAUCGUCAUGGACUCGUUGAAGAAAGAGUCGGAAAAUAUCAGCCUUAAAGGAAAGUUGUCAAGUAUGGAGCUGGAGCUGACCCAAGUGAAAAAGGAGCUUCUGGAACAGCAAGAGAAGAGUGCGGAGAUCACGAAGAAGUAUAUGGAAGUCAACAAAAAGUAUGCCCACGGCGAAAAAUACUACGACAAAGAGCUGGAAAUCAUUAAAGCGUGUAUGGAGCAGAAAAAUUUGGAGCUCAAAGACGCUAAAUCUCGAAUGGACCUACAGGGGCGAGAGCUGAAGAAUGUGCAGCAAACGAAUAUCCAGUUAGCUGGGGCAUGCACUGGUUUUAAGACGGAUUUGAAACAUGCAGAAGUGGCCUACUCCAAGAUUCAACAAGAACUCACAGGAUUCAAGCAGAUGUACGAAGCCCUAAGCCUGCAAUUCCAAGAUAUGUCUGCACAAAAGAAAAAAAAAGAGGCAAACAUCUUACAACUAAGCUCCGACUUAAAUGCAAAGAUGCAAGCCUGCGACGAGCUUGCAGAGCGCAAUGAGCAGGUGACAAUAGAAGCCAACAACGCCCUGUCGAAACUGCAAAGUGAUUUAGAAGCCAGUGAAUUACGGUUCGUGGAGCAGCAACGAUUGACUGAUCAAGCCACGAAGGAACUGGAACUUUAUCGGAAUCAGAUAAACACGUUUAAAACUCUCAUUGAGGAAAAAGAAACCAGACAUGUUUCCCUUAGUGGUGAACUGACUCAAAUGAAGGAGAGGUUGGGGGAAUUAUUCAAUAUAAACGAAAGUUGUCUCAAUGAAUUGACUGAAACGAAGUUAAAGCACUCUCAGGAAAUUAAGGAGCAAGCUGAUGCCUACGAGAUUGUUGUGCAAGAGUUAAAAGGCCUAAUGGACAAGGCGUCAGUUGAUUUUGCACAGCUUAAGAGCCACAGUGAGGAACAACAAAAAGAAGCCUCUCUACAGGUCUCCCAGCUUCAGGAAAAACUUACUGAAAUGGAAUCCCAUCGCAGCAAUCAGGAGGAGCUAAUAAAAAGUCUUGGCGAUGAACUUCAAGAAAAAACACACGUCUUUAAAGAAGAACUUACAAGACAACAGGAGCAGCUAUCAAAUGAAAUGCAUAUAAGGGCAACUGAAGCCGAGCGCGAAAGUAUGCGCAGUGCUGAAGAAAUACAAAAACUCAAAUCUGAACUGGAAGAAAGAAAUAAAGCUUUUAAGGCUGUACAGGACAAAUUGGAAAACAUGAUAAGUGAUCAUGGUAGACUAAGCAACACUGUUACCAAUCUUCAGGCUAAAAAUGAGGAAAUCGCAAUUGAAUUAUCGACGGCCACAGUUAAAUUUAGCCAGGAAUUAAAGUCGCAGAAAGAUAACCUUAUGCAAAAGGUAUCUGAAUUGGAGCUUGUAAUUCAAAGAAAAGAAACUGAAAUUAUUGAACUUGAGCGUCAAAAGAACAAUGAAAUGGCCGUGCUGCAAUUUAAAAUGAAUCGAAUUAAUAGCGUGAUUGACCAGCCAGUGAGCACCAUUAAGCAGCUUAAGGAUUCCCAAGGCCCGACCAAAACUCAAAGCAUCCCAAAUAAGGUGAAACCGGAGGCAGCAGACAAAUUGUCAAGAACUGCAAAAAAGCGAUUACGCUGUCUAACAUCUAUAUCAUACGCUUCAGACUUUGAAAGCGAAGAUGAUAGGCCAGUCGAUCUUAAGCGCACCUUCAAGCGGCAAACGUGUAAAAGUGUCUGCGGCAGUAAAGCCACAAAAUGAAAUGGAUUUGUUCGACAUGGUUAAGAAUACCAAAUAAUUACGCAGUACCACAUAAGUUCAUUUCUUACACUUCUUUAUGAGUAAAAAAGAAUAUGGAGUUUAGAAAUUAAUUCAAUAUCAUUUGAACAUCUGUAAUUCUUAAAAAACUUGUCUGAACUUGGCAAGUUAUUUUUAAGAACAUGAUUUCUUUAUGUUAUUAAAUCCCCAUUUGUAUCCAAUGUAAACAUCAUGAACUCAUCAACGUUCAUUUCUUACACUUCUUUAUGAGUAAAGAAGAAUAUGGAGUUUAGAACAUAAUUCAAAUUAAUUCAAUAUCAUUUCACUUGUGUGAACUUGGAAAGUUAUUUUUAAGAACGUGAUUUCUUUAUGUUAUUAAAUCCCCACUUAUAUCUAAUUUGAAAUCAUCAUGAACUCAUCAACGUUCAUUUCUUACACUUCUUUAUGAGUAAAGAAGAAUAUGGAGUUUAGAACAUAAUUCAAAUUAAUUCAAUAUCAUUUCAACAUCUGUAUUUCUUUAAAAACUUGUGUGAACUUGGCAAGUUAUUUUUAAGAACAUGAUUUCUUUAUGUUAUUAAAUCCCCAUUUGUAUCCAAUUUAAACAUCAUGAACUCAUCAACGUUCAUUUCUUACACUUCUUUAUGAGUAAAGAAGAAUUUGGAGUUUAGAAAUUAAUUCAAUAUCAUUUCAACAUCUGUAUUUCUUCAAAAACUUGUCUGAACUUGGCAAGUUAUUUUUAAGAACAUUAUUUCUUUGUGUUAUUAAAUCCCCAUUUGUAUCUAAUUUAAACUCAUCAUGAAGUAUUUUAUCCAAUGAUCCAAUUAGUUUGGCAAUAAAAAACUCGGUAAAA